GUAAUUUCUUCAUCCGGUGUCGUACCGUACGUAUAGCUGACGCAGUGCGUAAUGACGUCAAACGGAAAUAAGCAGUAGCAGUUCUUUCUAGAAAGCUGUAGCACUUUCGCGCUAGCCCUCGCUGGGUGUGUUUGCCUCAGUUUUUCCUUCUCUAGCCACUGCAAACCGCUGAACUGAACUCACAAACACACCUUAACUAAGCACAACGUUCUUGACUUUUAUGCAGUUUUAGCCGAGGAACCGGGUUAGCUUCGUUUAGCCCACAAACUUAGCCGAGUCAUAUCCCGUGCUAACGCUGUUUGCGUUGUUGAGGCUCUUAGUGGCACCAUGUCCAGGAUAGAUUACAGCGUUUGGGACCACAUUGAGGUGUCUGACGAUGAGGAUGACACCCACCCAAACAUCGACACACCUAGUCUUUUCAGAUGGAGACACCAGGUACAGAUUACAAACUUAUUACAUAAUAAUUUGGUGUUCAUCCGGUCUCGUUACUGUUAGCUGAUGUGUGCAACUACAAAUGAUAGAUCAUCAUCUGCAGAUAUUAAACUCUGAAUAGGUCGUAACAAAUGGGAGAAAGCCACUCACACUUGUACACUUUGUAAGGCUGAGACUCUUAAAGAUCCAUGCUUUUAGUCUACUUGUUAAUGUAUUGAUGUUGCACUGGUACAUACCUGCAAGACUGUGGUGGACGUAAAACCAUUGUGCCAGUCUCUAAUAUGUUUUAUGUCCUUCAGGCACGUGUGGAGCGGAUGGAAGAAUUUCAGAAAAAAGGUGAAGACAUGAACAAAUCCCUCUGUGAAGCGCGGCGCAAGCUGGCAGAAGCGCAAAAGAAGGUGCAGGAGCUGAGCAUUUCCAAGACGGAUGAUACCAAGGCAGAGCUGAGCAAAGCCCAGGCCGAGGAGAAGAAACUGAAAAAAGAGGAGCGAGAGUUGGAGAGAAAGGUGGAUGAACACAACCGGGAAGAGAAGAAGAUGCCCUGGAAUGUGGACACCCUCAGCAAGGAUGGGUUCAGCAAGGUGGGUCAGGGGUAGGCCUGGGCGAUAUGGCAAAAAAAAUGUUCACGAUGUAUCUCGAUUAUUAUCUCGAUUUUUAAAAAACUGCCAGUUUUAAAAUAUCUGUACUAAAAACUAAAGAAACUAGAGAUUAGUUCAACAUUCUCUUAACAUACAAAGUAAAUAACAAAGAAUAAGAUACACUUAGAAAAAUAUAAAAAACAUUUUAACUCAACAGUACAACAAAUGCAGAUAAAUUCUAAAAAAUACAGUGAAUUAGUUUACAGUCCUGAGUUUUUUUGCAGGUAUGCAAGACACAAAAUAAACAAAUCGCCCCCUCAGAGAUAAUGAAGACGCCUUAAAAUGUUAACAUUAGAUGAUGUAAACGUAGAUGAUAUGAUUGAUCGCUGCUUUGGUCUGGUGGCCGCACCGCUAGUUUUAGCUAAACUGCUAAUGCUACAGACUCCUCUCACAAUUUCAUGCUUUCCUCAUCAUCACUCGGGAAGAACUUCUUCAAAUGAUUAAAUAGAUUUUUUGAGUGUGUUUUGAGGGCACUGACCGCUGACAUACCUUGCACAUCAGCUUAAUUGCUGCUCAUCACUUUGGAGAUACCCGAACCACCACCACACAGCUGACGUUAUAUAACUUCUCAACAAUAACAUCUUCGGAGGAUGACUCAAAGUCAUGGCUGACAUCUAUUUUGCUGCCCUCAGUUUCGCCUUUAGCUCCACGUUUGGUCAUUCUGUUUACUUCUCUGGUAACUUACAGAAGUGAGCAGGAAAGCUGGACUCUGAUUGGCUGUUGUGAUGCACAUUUCUGCUAUGUUUGAUUGAGCUCACAGCUGAUCAGUGUGAUUGAACUGAAAUUAAUCACGAUCAUAUAAUCGCCCAGUCGUACGCAGGGGCAAGGUAACAUGUUGUCCAGCCUAACAGUUUGGGCCUCCCCUUUACAUUUGAAAGAUGACCUUUUCCAGACCAGAAGUGCCUUUUAAAGUACUGUCUGUUCAGACGAAUGUGAAAAAUGAAGAUCAUAUACUCUGGGUAUAACUAAAAUAAUUGUUAUUUUCUGCCACUAUCAAUCCUUUACAGAGCAUCGUCAAUAAAGUACCUGAAAAUGCUGAAGAAACCGAAGAACAGAAGGAGCAAAAGCAUAAAACCUUUGUGGAGAAAUAUGAGAAGCAGAUUAAACACUUUGGUAAGGAUUCUUUACAUCCACUGAUUGAUGUUAUUUACUUUAUAUGACAAAGUGAUGGUAUAAGUUUGUUUUUGUGCUGCCCUGUCUGUGCCACAGGCAUGCUGCGACGCUGGGAUGACAGCCAGAAGUACCUCUCUGACAAUCCUCAUCUAGUUUGUGAAGAGACUGCAAACUACCUGGUCAUCAUGUGCAUUGAUCUUGAAGUUGAGGAGGUAAACAGGAUGGGAUUCAACAUUCAGGGCCGAGGGCACUCACUCCAUUUUAAUACAUUCAGAUGACCUAAUUUUAGUGUUUGAAGAUAAAACAGUGAGAUCCUCUUUAUUUACUCUGUGUUCUUUGCAUGUGUUUUUUCAAAUGUGUACAAGUUUCUAACGUUCUAUCUUCUUUGUUUGUAGAAACAUGCACUGAUGGAGCAGGUAGCUCAUCAGACCAUCGUCAUGCAGUUCAUUCUAGAGUUGGCAAAAAGCCUGAAGGUGGACCCUCGAGGCUGCUUUCGUCAGUUUUUUGCCAAGAUUAAGGUGAAUAAUUGUGUUUGAAAUUCCUUUGAAAAUGAUUCAUGUUACUAGGAAGAGGAAAUCUUAGUUCAGAGUUUAGGUUGCUCUCCACUUUUCCACUUUUUUCCUCAUACCUGAGAAUCUCUAACCAUAGUUUUAAUUUUUGAUUUGAUACAACUUUAAAUUUUCUUGAGGGAACCUUCCCAAAAAGAUUAAUUAAAUUUUAUCUAAUCUAAUCUAAUCCAACCUAAUCUAAAACACACAUAAACAGUUAUCUUUCUGUUCUUUGCUUUUUUGGCUUGGAUAUAUCUUUAAUGAUCUGCAUAUUUAUAUUUUGGGUGUACUGCACUGCAACUUUACCCACUGAUCACCGAUGUUAAAGCGUUUUUUAGUAUACACAGUAGUUUCUAUGGUUGGUAACACACUUUAUAUGGCUCCCAUUACAGACGGCAGAUCAGCAAUAUCAGGAUGCUUUCAACGAUGAGCUGGAGUCCUUUAAGGAACGGGUUCGAGGCAGGGCAAAGAUCCGCAUAGAAAAGGCCAUGAAGGAAUAUGAGGAAGAGGAACGACAGAAGCGUUUGGGACCUGGAGGGCUAGAUCCCGUCGAUGUGUACGAGUCACUGCCACUUGUGAGUCUUAUUUUUUGUCACAGUCCAUGAAUUCUUCUUUCGUCUGCUUCUGAAAACUGCUUCAUAAAAUGUGUUCUCACUUGUAGGAGAUGCAGAAAUGCUUCGAUGACAAGGACAUUGGAAUGUUACAAGAAGUUAUUAGUAAAAUGGACCCCACGGUAGGUUUCUUUGUUUAAGUCUACGGUCAAGAUUCCUACAAAACUGUGCUUGUGUUGUCAAUGAAAGUCUACAUGAUGUUUGAUCCCAAAUGCAUUUUUAUCUGUUUUUGCUUUGCUUAGUGAAUGCGAUUUUUUUUAUUCUUUAACACCAUUUAGGAAGCAAAGACUCACAUGAAGAGGUGUAUAGACUCAGGUCUCUGGGUCCCCAACUCCAAGGUAGACGAUGGGGAUGAAAAAGAAGACGAUGCUACUUAUGAGGAAGUAAAACAGGAGCAGGAAGAAACAAAGAAGGAAUGACCUACAUUCAUCUUAUGAUUUGUUGUUUCUAAAAAUGUACUUACCCACUGUAUUGCAACCACACCCUGUGUGACUAGUCGGCCAAUCAAGGAACAAGGAAAUAACUUCUCUUAAGUAUUUAGCUAAAGCUUAAAGAUUUGUCAAUCAUCUUACAGCACAAUUCUGUUUCAACCGUAACUGCUGAUUGGAGCAAAACAGUUGCUUGUAUUUAGGUGUUUUAUUUGUUUGGACAUCACUAAAGUUGUAUUCUUGCAUUUAUUUGUACACACCUGUUAAUUUGCUGGGGAGUUUUCGUGCACACACGCCUGCUGUCUUCAUUUCUGAGUUGUACUGUUGAAAAACAUCUUGAGAUUUUUGUUUUCUUUCAGUAUGUCUGAUUUCAAGAUUUUCAUUGGCCGUUUACGCCUUUAGCAGCUGAUGUUUUUAAAAUGGUUAUUGCUCCUUUUGACUUUUUAUGAAUUUGCUCAACUAAAGGUUGAAUUACAUCCAACUACUCAGGUUCAGGGUGGUUCACUGUGGUGUUGUCUGUAAACUCAACGUGAAUGUGCUGUGCAAAUAACUGGUUCAGAGGUCAGAAACAAAUCACAAGAAAAUGAUCCCUUAUCAGAAGCAAAUGCAUCUAUGCAUGGGUGAACUUUUUUGGUUUAUAAAGGUAUGACUCAGGCUCUUAGGCAAGUAGAUGGCUUUGACUGCACUCCAAAUAUGAACAUUUGCUCUGUUGCUUUUUCAAAAGAAAAGAAAGAAAAACCUCAUGGCUAAACAAGUUAAAAUCUACAUUAAAAGGCUUUGUUCAUGAAGCCAGCAUGCAAUGUGAUGGGCUUGAAAAAUUUACAUACCAGUUUAGUAAACCAUGGAGGAUCCUGCAACUUCUGCUGACAUGACUGUAUUUCCCCUUCUGGUUGUUGUCCCCUACAGCAUGUGAACAAGAUUUGAGGCUGUAUAUUGGUAACGAACAAAGCCUUGCUGUUUGGGCUUUCAAAUGUAACAACGGUUAAUUCCUUACCCGUAUGCAUGCUUUUUAAGAGCCCUGACUGCGACUUCUAGCAUGGACAGCAGAGAUCCAGUGAACAAAUAUACAGACCAAAGCUUCUGGUUGUGCUUGCAGAACUGAUUGUCAAAACAGAAUGGGAUUUGGGAUACAACAUCAAAUUUACAGUCUCAUGAGAGCUACAGGUAUGACUUCAGCCCUUGUGUCCUACUUUCCUGCAUACAACCAAAUCCAAACCAAACUAAUAAAGCAAACAAACCCAGUGUUUCUAAAAUACUGCA